CUUGACUUCGCUCGUGCUAUCGGAGACCCACCAACUGCGCUUUUGCGUUUCCACAUCAUUAGCGCACGGCAGUCACUUCAGGAAGCUUCAUUCACUGAGAUGUUGUGGACCGUGCUGGUAACCUUGUGCCUCGUUGGCGUCGCUGCUUUAGUGCGUUAUUGGGGCAGAAUGAGAGGCCACGGGUGGAGAAAGAAACAUUACAACUUCUUCAAAGACAUGGGCGUUCCAGGACCAGAACCCAAUCUUCUUUGUGGCAACCUGUUCGAGUACGAAAGAGGGCUCAGAGCUCCAACUCUUACAAAGUGGUGCAAGAAAUACGGAGAUAUUUUCGGUAUAUUCCUUGGUGACGUUCCCUUCCUCGUUGUGAAAGAUUUGGACAUACUGCAAAGCAUCUUCAUCAAGGACUUCACCAAUUUCACUGACCGGGGCUACGUCAUGCCCGCUGAUCAGGAGCACCCGGUCAUCGGGAACACCGUAGUUCUUGCUAAUGGCUCUCAGUGGAAGAAGGUGCGGAGUUGCAUCAGUCAAGGUUUUACAUCAAACAAGCUCAAACAGAUGGUACCGCACAUCAGUGACGUUGCUGAUAUAUUUAUCGACGUUAUAAGUGAGAAAGCCGACACUGGAAAGGAGUUCCCAAUGCUGAAAACUUUCAAAGCCCUCUCUAUGGACUACGUGGGACGUGCGGCGUUUGGCAUAGAGAACAGCUUCCAGAGGGACCUCGACCACCCUUUCUUGACGCAAGCCAUACAGACCUUGCCUGGCACCAUGCGUGGACUCUUUCAUGUUCUGGCGUACUGCACUACGUCGCUGGGUGCUCUGAGGUCGCCCCUUCUGUGGCUCCAUUCAAAGUGGGGAGAGUACACCUUUGUCAACUUCAGCAAGCAGACCUCGAAAGUCGUCGAGCUGCGAAAGAAGAACCCAUCUCUUUGGAAGGCCGAUCUUCUGCAGGGACUGAUCGAUGCUGAAAUCACAGACCCGGAUGUGGACAAAGGAAACAAAGAAAAGAAGUUGUCCUCCGAUGAUGUAUGCCUUAACAGCACGAUACUCUUCAUCGCUGGGUUCGAAACGACAUCCACAGGACUGAGCUACUUGACCUUCAACAUCGCAAAGCACCCAGAUGUUCAGGAGAAGCUGCGUGCUGAAGUCCUUAAUGCUCUCGACGAAUCGGGAAAUCUGGAUUUCAACAGAACCAUGGGACUCAAAUACAUGAAGCAAGUUUUCGAUGAAACGUUCCGCAUGUACCCUCCAGUAGUUGCGUUUACAACACGGAAAGCAUUUGAAGAUAUCGAGUACAAGGGCCUGAAGAUCAAGGCAGGCACGUGCAUCAUGGCCCCCACAUAUCAGAUUCACAUGGAUGAAAAACACUGGCCGGAUCCCGAGAAGUUUGACCCGGAACGGUUCAGUGCCGAAUAUAGAGAGCACAGUCACCCAAUGGCAUACCAGGCUUUCGGCAUAGGCCCACGCAACUGCUUGGGGAUGCGAUUGGCCAAUCUGGAAAUAAUGUACACGGCUGCCAGGAUGCUCCUCAAGUUUCGGCUUGAACUUGGAGAUUCUCAGAAGGGUGAAAUGAAGAUGGGCUACUACGCCUCGGUAUCGUUUCCAGCCAGCGACCUCUGGAUCAAGCUCUACAAGAUAUGAAAGACAACACCGCACACCAAAAGAGCUGGUGCAAUAGCAAAUCCUGAAACCUAGCACUCAGCCCUCAAAAACCAAGAUAAGGCUGACACUACGACGAAAUACAAGAGAAAAAUAAAAGAAUUAAUAAUUAAUAAAAGAAACGUGAAAAUACCUCCAGUGCCAAUUAUACACAUAA